GUAUGCGACAAAUCAACAGCCAAGAAAAAAGUUGUACCGGAAGAGGAAGAAGAUAUGAGACGAUUGCUCCCGUUUGAAAAGGCACCCAAAUUUCUUCAAUAUAAUCCUUACAUUCUGCGUGGUUAUCGAGGCUGCUUGACCACCAAACUAUGCGUCGAAAGCAUAUUUUGGUGGACAAACGAGACCGUGAAUAUAUGGAGUCACAUCUUUGGUUGGAUGCUCUUCUUCGGUCUGACCCUAUAUGAUCUCUGUCUUUUGAAUAUUCACGCGCCGUUCAGCGACAAAUUAAUCGUGUCCCUGCUCCUUCUUUGUUUUCAGAUAUGUAUGAUCCUUUCAUCCGUAUAUCACACGUUUUCGUGUCGAAGCGAAAAGGACUAUUGGUGCUUCCUAUCCUUCGAUUUGUUCGGUAUUGCUCUGAGCAUGCUGUCGAUCUAUUUGUCUGGUGUCUAUUAUGCCUUUUGGUGUCACAAGGAAUUACAAUGGUUCUACCUGAUAACUGUUCUCGCGAUCUUCAUUUUCGCAAUGAUACUGCAAAUACCAAGUCUAAACAUCAACGGUAACAUUAAGCUAGCUGUAUUUGUGUGCUGGGCAAUAUAUGGAGUGUUGCCAACGCUGCAUUGGACCAUCGCGAUGGGCGGCUUUGAUAAUCCGAUCGUUAACUUGCUCAUCCCGAGAGUGAUAGGAAUGUACAUUAUUAAUGCAAUAGCGUUCGCGUUCUACAUGUUCAAAAUACCCGAACGUUUUUGUCCAGGUUGGGUAGACUAUGUUGGUUCGUCACAUCAAUGGUGGCAUGCAUUGGUCGUGCUAGCUCUUUAUUAUUGGCAUAACAGUGGAAUGCUUUAUGUGGAAUAUAGAAUGAAUCAUGGGUGUCCAAGCAGUAAGCCAUUAUGACAUACGGAUUCUGACGGCCAGCCAGAUUACUGAAACUACACUGGAUUACUGCAAUAAGUUCAAGGUUUACGACUACAAACUCUAUUACAGCAUCCGUCCUUGCCAUGGAUUGUGCUUGUAUGAUGAAGGCUUGGUCGUCUUUGGCGGAACCACCGUUUUACAGUAUCUUAAAGAAUACAUCUUGCCAGAUACAAAAUCCACUACGAGCAUACGCAUAUCGAUAAUUUCGAUAUGCUUUUAGGAAAUACAGAUUAAGAUUUUUAAAUGAAAAAAGAUAUUUGAAUAUUAUUUACACUGUUCUCUAGCUCAAUUUAUAUUCAUUCAACAUUAUUAUUUAAACUUAUUUUGCAAGAGUAUAAACGAUAUAAAUGAAGGAUAAAUGAUUGUAUCCUAAAUCGUGUUCUUUUUUCCUUAAUAGCAAGUCUUUAAUCCUAGCAGGAUUAAAAACCAAUCAAUUAAUUAAUCAGCGUCAUUAAAAACAUUCUUUACAUUUA